CCGGGCAAUAUGUGCGGCAGAUUGACAGGCUCCUUGAGAGAGCCUAUUGCACCAGUUUCCCACCACUCCAACCCUCAACCCUCAAAGAAACUCUAUAUAUCAUGCAGUCUCUCUUUACGUACUAGUAACAAUUGUGCCAUCUCAUUAUCUCACCAACUCUUGUGUCUUCCUCCACUCACAAAACUCUCUCUCUCCCUCCAUCCAAAACACCAGAGAAGCAGGAGAGCAAAUAAUGGAUAGAUUACCCAAGUGCGAGGCUAACUAUGGCCCCCUUAGCCCCGUCACUUUCUUGGAGAGAGCCGCAAAAGUCUAUGCAGAUCGCACCUCCGUUAUAUAUGAAAACACCCGUUUCACUUGGAAGCAGACGUACGACCGAUGCCGCCGUCUUGCAUCCUCCCUCCGAUCUCUGAACAUCUCCAAGAAUGAUGUUGUAUCGGUGCUUGCACCGAACAUCCCGGCCGUCUACGAGAUGCACUUCGCCGUUCCAAUGGCCGGCGCCGUCCUCAACACCAUAAACACCCGUCUCGAUGCCAACAACAUCGCUGCUAUCCUCGUGCACUCGGAUGCGAAAGCCUUCUUCAUCGACCACCAAUACACCAAGGUAGCUCGCGAGGCUCUCAAGCGUGUUGUCGCCGAUAUCGGCGAGCGCCAUCCAACCAAGCCACUGCCUUUCGUGGUCAUCAUCGACGAAGUCCACUCCCCGGCAAGCACGAAAUCCGGGGAACUACACUACGAGCAGCUCAUCGCAUGCGGCAAUCCUCUGGACGAGCCUCACCGUCUCGAGGACGAGUGGGACGCGAUCGCUCUCAACUACACGUCCGGCACCACGGCGGCCCCUAAGGGCGUGGUGUACAGCCACCGCGGCGCCUUCCUCAGCAGUCUCACUGUCCUCCUCCAGUGGCAGGUGCCCAUCGAGCCGGUCUACCUGUGGACCCUCCCCAUGUUCCACUGCAACGGCUGGGGGUUCGCGUGGGGCAUAGCGGCGCGCGGCGGCACCAACGUGUGCAUCCGGACCCUCUCCGCUGCGGCCAUCUACGGCGCCAUCGCGGCGCACGGGGUCACCCACAUGUGCUGCGCACCGGUCGUCUUCAACAUCCUCCUCCACGCUCCGCCCGCAGACCGCCGCACGAUCCCGGGCCCCGUCCAGGUACUCACCGGUGGGGCCCCUCCCCCGGCCGCGCUGCUCGAAAGCAUGGAGAAGCUAGGGUUCCACGUAUCGCACGCCUACGGCAUGACGGAGGCGACCGCGACCGCUCUGGUGUGCGAGUGGCGGCCGCAGUGGGACCGGCUGCCGCAGGAGGCGAAAGCUCGGCUCAAGGCCCGGCAGGGCGUCAGCGUCCUCACGCUCGCUGACAUGGACGUGAUCAAGAACCGCAAGAGCAUGUCGAGCGUCCCGAGGGAUGGGAAGUCGCUCGGGGAGAUCGUGCUGAAAGGGAGCAGCGUCAUGAAGGGGUACUACAAGAACAAGGAAGGGACGGACGCGGCCUUUCAGAAUGGGUGGUUCUGGACCGGCGACGUCGGGGUCGUGCACCCCGAUGGGUACGUGGAGGUGAAGGAUCGAGCCAAGGACGUGAUCAUAUCCGGCGGAGAGAACAUCAGUAGUGUCGAGGUGGAGAGCGUGCUGUACCGGCAUCAGAUGGUGCUGGAGGCUGCGGUGGUGGCGAUGCCGCAUCCCCAUUGGGGUGAGACGCCGUGCGCCUUCUUGACGCUGAAGCCGGAGUGCAAGAAGGGGAGUUUGAAGGAGGAGGAUGUAAUCGCCUACUGCAAGGCGAGCAUGCCUGGUUUCAUGGUGCCGAAGAAGGUGGUAUUCCUGGCCGAGCUUCCCAAGGCCGGGCCAAAGAUUCAGAAGUUUCAGCUUAGGGCUAUAGCUAAGAGACUCGCUCCCACGCAUGCGACAGAGCAAGCCAAGGCCCAGCCCAAGGACCAAUUUGCACCCACGUCUCGUCUUUGAGUGCUUUUUUAUUUUUAUUUUUUUGUGUUCUUAAAUAUUAUUUUACUGGUGUCCACUUAAUUAAGCAUUAGCCGUCCAAAAGUACUUUUCAUCGCGCCGGUGGCGGGAUUUGUUUGGUGUUAUCAUCAUCCUGGUCUAGACUUGCAAAGAUGGUUAAAGUUUAUUAAGUUUGUCGAUAACGACGGAAAUAAAGAGAGUGACAUCAAACAUUUA